CAUGUCAUUGAUCAAUGAAAGGAAAGUAGACGAUGCUGAAGCAGGGUCGGUUUCAUGAAUGUGGAAUAAAACGGUGAAGUAUAACCAAGCUUGUAACAAAUGGAGGUUAAAAAAUGUCAGAGUCUGUAGAAAAUUGUCAGAGUUGUGAUAUCGAACCAUUAUUUGACGAAUUUCCACACAUUUGAAGUGAAUAUAUUUGAAACAUGAACAGACGAGCUUUGUUCUGCUUUGUGAUCAGCUGUGUGCUGCUUCUGGCGCCGGCGGGGAUCUCAGCCUCUUCAGAGGCGGGGGAGCACAAGAACGAGACAGAGAGAUAUAAACUGGUGGUGUUUGAUUUUGACCGAGUGGAGCUUCCCCUAGUGAUAUGUCUGUGGAUCCUCAUUGUGGCAUUAGCCAAAAUUGCAUUCCAUUUGAAUUCCAAACUUCCGACUGUGAUACCAGAGAGUUGUCUCCUCAUUGUCAUGGGUCUCAUCGUAGGAGCUCUCCUUCACUUCACACACAUUGCCAGAACCGAUGAAUAUGUCCUCAAUGCUGACGUCUUCUUCAUUUAUCUUCUCCCACCCAUUAUCUUUGAUGCGGGCUACUUCAUGCCUGUCCGCGCUUUCUUUGACAACCUUGGGACCAUCCUGCUGCUGGCUUUUGUGAACACCUGUAUCAGUGCGGGGCUGAUCGCCGUGUCCCUGUAUGGCAUCUCCCUCCUAGGCUGGUUUGGCAGGACCAUCAGUAUCCUCGACUGCUUUAUUUUUAGUAGCCUCAUUUCUGCUGUGGACCCAGUCGCGGUCCUUUCUGUGUUUGAGGAAGUCCAUGUGAACCAGAUGCUUUACAUCAUCGUGUUUGGUGAAUCUCUGCUGAACGACGGAGUCACAGUAGUGUUAUAUCACAUGUUUGAGGGCUUUAUUGAGAUCGGAGAAGAGAACCUUAUUCCUGUCGAUAUUGUCACUGGUCUGGGCUCGUUCUUUAUUGUGGCGCUGGGCGGAACUCUGAUCGGAAUCGUAUUUGGUUUCUUUGGAGGAUUCAUCACUAAAUACACCGAGCACGUUAAAGUCAUUGAACCACUCUUUGUUUUCGUCAUUGGAUACCUGAUGUAUUUAUCUGCCGAAAUGUGUCACCUUUCCAGUAUUUUAGCCCUAUCCUUUGGGGGCAUAGUCCUGCGUCACUAUCUUGAAGCCAAUGUCUCCCGUUCCACACGUACCAGCGUACGCUACUUCAUGAAGAUGUUGGCAAACAUCAGCGAGACCAUCAUCUUCAUGUUCCUGGGUCUGUCAGCCAUUGUGGACACGCUGGACUGGAAUUUGUCGUUUAUUUUCUUUGCUCUCCUCUUCUGCCUCAUAUUCCGAGGUUUAGGUGUGAUGUUUUUGUCGUGGAUUCUAAACCGGCGCCGGCUGGUGAAGCUGAGUGGUAUUGACCAGUUUAUUAUGGCAUACGGGGGACUUCGAGGGGGCAUCGCCUUCUGUCUGGCUCUAUCACUGGAGGAGCGAUUGGUCCCAGAGAAGAGUCUGUUUGUCACGGCAACCAUUGUCAUUGUCUUCUUCACCGUGUUUGUUCAGGGAAUCACCAUUAAACCUGUUGUGAAUGCUCUCAAAGUGAAGAAAGAGGAAGAUAAUGAUCCAAAAAUGACGGAGAAAAUUCAAGAAUCAUUCAUGGACCAUCUAAUGGCGGGUAUGGAGGGGAUUACAAAACAUUCCAGUCACAAUCUGAUGCGGAUUAAAUUUCGGCAUUUCAAUCAUAACUACCUGAAGCCCCUGUUCAACAAAGAGGCCCCCCAGACAAAGGCCAAGAAGGUUCUGGAGGUGUACCACACCAUCAGUGUUGCAGAGGCCCUUGAUCAGGUGGGGAAUGAGGUGGACGUCAGCCAGAGGAAACCGCUGGUCAGCUCCGGGGCGUCCAAUGUGUACAGAAGGACACCGUCAGGCCUCGUAAACACAGGGUUCCGAGUGGAAAACAUGGCCAACGAGCAAGUGGAGCCCACUAAUCAAAAUGAGUCGCUAACUGUAAACAUGGAGGAUCCCCCAAUCUACAAGUGUGUCGAGGACCCGGUUGUCAAGGAAACUGUUGUCAUAGAGAAGCCAAGGUCAUCCCCUCCCGUAGGAGGAGGUAGCAAUGCGGCUCGGAAAGAAAGUGACAAAAGUGAAACCAGUGAUGAAUUUGAGAAUGUGACUAUCAGAUUUAAACAGCCAGUGGACGAUGCUCAUGGAGUUGACCAGAUCACAGAAAAUUCUGACCUCUCCUCUGAAAGCUAUUCCAUUGCGGAAACUAAUUCUGAACCUUCCACAGUCACCUAUGCAAACGAAAAGGAAUCCCCGUGUGAAAUAGAACCAUUACAACUACCUUUACCCUGGAAAAAGGCACCUGCUCAGGAAAGCCAGCAGAUGGGCGUGAAAUCUGAUGUGCCAAAUACAGUGGAACCGAUUGUAACCGCAGCUGAAUCCGUUUUUCCGUGGAAGAAAUUUCCGCGGGAUCCCAUUCCAUUCUCCUCCUCCCUGGCAUACUCAGACGACAGCGCCCCCAUUGUCGCCGAGGCUCCCACGUGGGUUAACAACCUCUCCUACAGUCACCUGAAAGAAUCUGGAUCCCCCUAUGCUUCCCCCGAAGUGACCUUAAUUCCUGAACACAGGCAAAAUCAUACAUCUAUCUUUGAUCUUUUUAAAAGGGAUGAUCCAAUCGAAAAGUGUUUGGAUGCAUGUGUGGCUAAAUUAAAUUCUGCUUUGGAUGAAACUGACAGCAAAAGUCAUGCUUCUGGGGACACUAUUCCCCCACCAUGGAGUCACCAUGGUGAAGAUGCAGACAAUAUUCCAGUGCCAUCUAUGAAGGAAACGUACGGAGUUAAAAAUAAUCUCCUGUUAUCCAAUCAUACUCUUCCGCCCCCCUCACAUCAUGUUAUUUUACCCACAGUUCAUUUCUCUGAGGACUCUAUAACACAGAGUCACAGUGAUGACGGAGAAGUCCACAAACCAUUGAAAUCUCUACCAGGCUCUGCCUCAGCUCCUGAUCUGCCGAAACACUUUCAGGUUAUAGAACCGAUGACCAAGUCACGACUCCACUCGGAGUCCAUGUUAGAGGAUUUAGACUUUCACGACCAAGCUGUGUCACGCGUUAAUGAGUGGUUGUCUGCAACGAUAAGCGAGGAGGCAGGGAUCGUUAUUCCGAUUCACGUACCCACUCCCGAGCUGUCCAGUGACAAUGACGCGGACUGCAGCAGUGAAGGAGAGGGCGAUGACGAUGAUGAUUGGGAUUUCGAUCGCGAUGAUUUAUGAUGACAGCCUCACUCUAGUCCAGAAUACUCAAUUGUCUUUCCAGAAUUAUAUGUGCAUUGCUAGUCAUUAUAUGUCUAGUGAUUAUUAUGUUUUUCUGAGUGUCAAAAUUUGUAUUUCUUCAUGGCAAUAAGUCAUUUUGUGCUGAAUAUUUGAGCUUCAAAACAUGUUAUCAUUCCAUGAAAUCAGGUUUAUAAAAUUCAUCAUCAUAUCAUCCUCAUUAAUACUAUAAUACCACAAUGUAAACUGAAAAUUCAAUGCCAACUUAAAAAUUCAGGGAUUCAAAAUUCAGGAGACAAUGAAAAAAAAAUUAGAUGGCAUAUCAGGUUUUAGUUGAGGAAGAAACAUGACUCUCAAUUCCCAUUCUUCUGGCAUUAGUAAACGAGUGAUUAGUGGUAGGCUAUUUAUACAUGUUCAAUCUCAGGUUGUUAUUAUGGAAUCUUGGUACAAAUUAUUGAAUGUGUUAAAUUAUUAAACACUGAAGAAUGUAUAAUUGAUAUCACUUACCUGUUCUAGUUGUGAAGAGGCCCUACAUUGUUAACAUCUAAAGUUAAUUUCCUUUCUAUGAAAGAUGACUUUCAUUGACAUAGGUGUGCUUCAGCAUUUUAACUUUCAUAAAGUGAAAAAUGCAUGUGCAAUAAAUUUUCUCAUGAUAGAGUGAAAAAAAAAGCAUUGUUGAAGAUACUUACAAAAUGAAGUUCCAUUUGAAUUUACAACAUAUCAUGACUCACAAUAAAUUUAUAAGAUUUUCAUUUAUUUACUAUGCAUGCAUGUAAGGUAAAAUGACUGCAUGUCUGAAAAUAUCUUCCUAACAUUACAAUGAGAUGAGAUUUAAUAUUUGAAAUAAAAAAAAUAAAAAUAAA